GCAGCAGGUCAGUCGGCUGUCUCGGUUCCGAGCAAUCGGUUUCCCCAAAAAGAAAGAGAUUUUGUGGCUUCACACAGACGAUUUUUUCUGUGAUAUAUUUUUAGUUGUGAUCUGAGUCUAAUUUAGUGAGACAAACGAGUGUUUUCGUCUCUUCGAGUCGAGGUGACAACAGCACGGUCUAAAAUGAUUUUACGGCAAGCUAACGAUGAACUAAUUAAGCUAUCAAGCACUUUGGGCGAGAACUUAGUCGCGUGUCAUAUGAGGGUGUGGGUGUGGAGCUCAUAUCUUGAAAAUUGUGUGAGAGGGAAGGAAAGGUAUCGAAUCACCAUCCAACGAUCGUCUCUCAGUAUGGUAGCCACAGAGGCGGCGUGCACGCCGUUCAUUUUCGACCUCAAAUGAAGCACUUGGUUUCAGGAGGAAACGACAAUGCUGUAUAUUUGUGGAGUUUGCAUUGCAGGCCCAAUUUACGCCACCCUGUGGUGCGGCCCUUCCGCUUCCUGGGUCAUAAUGGCCCAGUAUACUCAGUGGCAGUUUCUCCGUGCGAUGAUCUUGUAGCGUCGGGCUCACAAGAUAAAAGCAUACGUCUGUGGAUACCAACUGUGGAAGGUAAAUGUUCAGUGAUCAAGGGACAUACAGGACCUGUGCGAACUGUAAAUUUUAGUCAUGACGGACAUUUCCUGCUUUCAGGCUCUGAUGACAAGACCAUCAAGAUUUGGAAGGUGAAGAAUCAAAAGUUCGUAUGCGCCUUGAGUGGACAUAUGAACUGGGUUCGAUCUGCCGAGUUCAAUGCAGAUCGAAGACUCAUCCUUUCCGGCAGUGACGACAAAAGCGUGAGAUUAUGGGAUGUCGAGAGGCGUGAGUGCGUUCAACAAUUCUCAGAUGUCUUAGGGUUGGUGAAUUCGGCGCGAUUUCAUCCGGAUAACUGUUGUGUGGCCAGUGGCAAUUCCGAUCAUUGCAUUCAGAUGUGGGAUGUCCGAAGCAAGCACUUGAUUCAACAUUACGCCGCAAAUGCAGGAGCAGUUAAUUCUGUGAGCUUCCACCCUUCAGGAAAUUACCUCCUCUCUAGUUGCGAUGAUGCAACCUUGAAGAUUUGGGACCUACGAGAGGGCCAAAUAGUGUUUACUCUGCAAGGCCACGAUGGUGCAACGAACUCUGCAGAAUUUUCCUCUAGUGGUGAAUACUUCGCAUCUGGGAGUGCUGACGAACACGUUUUGUUAUGGCGUACGAACAUCGACUUAACAGGUCGUCAGCCGGAACGGGGUUUUGUAGACAAGGAAAUUGUUGGUCAUGCGUUGUGCAGUGCAUGCAAUUGUGUGUGCACCAGUCCCCCGAAUGGUGGAGGCAUACAUUGCCCGUACAGCUUGAAUUCUUCUCCGAGCGCGUUCUGCAGGGAAUAUUCUUCCCCUUGUAAACUGCCCUCAUCACCAACUCCCUUGGAUAAUGCGGUAGUUUCAAGCUCUCGUGAAUCCGAGAUCGGUUGUCCGAAUCAGACUGAAGACGAGAAAGUCAGAGUAAAAGUACACCAGCCUGAGAGCAAACCUGAAAUGAUGAAUGGAUACCAUUCCACAUCGGCAGAAGUCAAUGGAAGUGAUUUAGAUGUACACCAACGUCAUGCCUCGAGCAAUUUGAUCUCCAAGUCAAGUAUAAAAGUGGAUGUAAAUCGGCGCUCCUGUUUAAAGGCAGGAUCAACAAUUUUACCCUCUAGAAGAAAGCGUCCAUGUGGUACACCCAGAGCCAGGAGUCCCGCUGUUUUGCCACAUUCUGCUUCUGACAGGAAAGCAGUUGGAUCCACCUUGAAGCAAAUCUGUCACCAAUUGAGUGUCUUAACGAAAACUGUGGCUCUUUUUGAAGAAAGGCUUUCUCAUUCAGAAGAUAAGAUGAUUCGAUUCGAAAAGAUUUCAGGAGAUGCUACGCCCAACGAAGAUGCAGAAGGUCUAUGCGACUUAUAUAGCUAACUAGAACUAGAAGAGCGUAAGAAAAACUGAUUUUUUUGGAUAUUUUGGCAAAAUUGUGGCUACACCUGCUCUUGCAGUCAGUACAGUCAAUGAUAUUAUUGAACAUAUGUAGGUGAAAAAACGAUCAUACUAAAUGAAGGCGUGCACAUCCUGUGGGGAAUCUCUUUUAACCUGCCCGCUAGCUGUAUCUUACAUGUGGAAGCCAUCGCUUUUCACUCUUAGCCUGUCAUGCAAAAACCUCGAACUAGAAUCAGUCAUGCAGCCCGUCUACAAUCUGUUGAUCCAUGUUCCAUGAUCAAAUAUGUUACUCCACCCUCAUCCUGUCCAGUCUAGUUCCACCUCCUCGCAUCCAUUUUGAUGCUUGAGCUCUAGAUGAUUGUAGCACAAAGGCUUUUCGAACUGAUCAGUUGGAACCAUCGAUGUGACACUUCUCGCCAGUAGUAGCUCUCGUCGGUGAAUACUGUACAUGCCACUGAAGUGAAAGAUACUUUUGCUAUAAAAGAAAAUCUAUACCGUCAGGAUAUUGCCAACAUCUUGUCUCCUGCACCCAAGAGUAUUGUUCCAAUGGAAAAGAUUGGUAACAAAUCUACUUUGGAAACCUUAGCUUAGCUCAGCUUAACUUGGUUCACUUCACAUGACAGUUUUGACCGAGAAGCUCUUGAUCAACAAGGAAUCUUUUGAUCAACGAAAAAAGAGCAAUAGUUGAAUCGUAGAAUCUCCAUGUGCAAAGAGUGAGCGGAGAGAUCGCA